UCUUGGGUCCUUCGCCAUUGCUUGUUUCUUUGUUUCUCCUUGUGCAAACGCUUGCUGUGAUGAUCCAAAGAAGUGUUUUUGGUGUGACUGCUUGCAUCUGGUGGUGGGUUUUGUGGUUUUGGUGGUUCAGGGCAUGGUUUUGUUUGGUGUUUAGGUGUGUGCUAGUUUAAACUGGGGGGUGGAGCUGGGAAAGGCGUGAUUUUUGAGCCCCUCCUGGAUGUGAAAAAGAUGGGAUUUUUUCCCUUUAUAUCGUUUGUUUUGACACUUCUCGGAUACUCAUGGGCGUUUUUUUCUGGGUAAUGGGCUCUGGGAUUUUUAUCUUAAGAGAGUGAUCUUGGAUAUUUUGGCGGCAUGGGGCUUGGUUGUUCCUCUGUUGCUAGGUAUUAAAUAUGCAAUUUUCGCCCCUCUUUUACUGUAAGAAUGGUGGGUGGGAAUAUUGGUCUUUAGGGAAAGGUCCUUUUGAUGGUCUUAUGUGCUGCUUAAAGGAUCUGGAAUUUUGAUGGCCAUUUCUAGGGUUUCUUUCUUUCAACAGAAAAGGCUUCUUAGGAAUUGAAGAUCUCUGGCCGCAACUUCUAAAAGAUGGAGCUCAACAUGAGUGCGUUUACAGGGAAAACCAGGAAGAGAAAGGCUCCAGAUGGUGCUCAUUUGGGCUCUGCCUUCUCCUUAGAUGAGCUGAAUCAAGACCUACUCGAGAGGGUCCUUUCCUGUCUUCCUCCCUCGAGCUUCUUUCGCCUUCGUUCGGUAUGCAGGAGAUGGAAUUCUGUUGCAACCUCUGCAACAUUUCAGCUUGCCUGCUCCCAGAUACCGUUCAGAGACCCAUGGUUUCUCAUGGUGGGUCAAGAUCUAGAGCAGUCUGUUGUUUUUGACAGCAGCGAAGCGAACUGGAAAAAUCUAAGACAUCCAGCUUACCUCCAACAAAGUCAUGCCUGCAAGCCCAUCCCUGUUGCAUCAUCUGGUGGUCUGGUCUGUUACCGCACCGUGUCCGGCAACUUGAUUGUGUGCAAUCCGGUCACCGGCGCCUGCCGCGAGCUCCCUUCAGUGGGCCAGGCUAGUGAAAGCCAAACUCUCCAUGCUAUCACCAUUGACUCUCCAAAAGAUCCAGCUUCAUAUAGAAUUGUGCUUGUUCUCGGUGAAUUCUCAAACCUGUCUUUCAAAGUCUUCAACUCCGCUAAAGGCAUAUGGGAAGAUGAGGUUCCAUUGGUUCAGAAAGCUGAGAAUUCUUCGGAAUCUAAUAUGGCCGGCGACGAGACUCUGUAUUUUCUUAGCAAAGCUGGAGAUGUUGUGGCCACCAACAUGCAGAGGAGCCCAUCUAAGCAGUAUUCGUCAGUUCUGACCGUGGAAAAUGGAGAGGAGGUUGUCUAUUUCUUGAGCCAAUCAGGGACUGUCGUGGCUUGCAAUCUUGCUCGGAAGACCUUCUUGGAACACCCAAGAUUGCUGCCUAUCUUUUUCGAGUAUUCGAUCGAUGUGGUCGAGUGCAAGGGGGAGAUGUUGGUGGUUGUUCUAUCAGAGUUCCUAGAGACUGCAAGCUUGAGAGUCUGGAAGUUCUCAAGGGGAGACCAGUCAUGGCGGCAGGUUGCAGCAAUGCCGCCAUCGAUGUCCCAUGAAUUCUACAGCAAAAAGGUUGAUAUAAACUGCAUCGGCAGUGGGGAUAUGAUCUUCAUAUGUGUCGGUUCCGGCGACUUCAGCAGCUAUGUUGUGUGCAAUGUGGUGACCAAUGAGUGGAUAGAGCUGCCCAAGUGUUUUGCAAAUGGCGAGGCCAAGGAGUUCAUGUCUGCCUUCUGUUUUGAGCCAAGGGUGGAGGCUUCUGUCUGAGUGUCUGAAGUAGUUUGUGUGACUGUUUGUAUCUUGAUUUAUAGUCUGAGAUAUUAUUACAAGCUCUUCAUUCAUUGUUGUACAAUGGCCUGUGGCAAAAGGGUCAUCUAAUGUGUAUGUUUCUCUUGUGUUUGUUUGAAUAGUAUUCAAUCUUUCUAUGUCCAA